AUCAGUAGUAUGGAUGGCUGCUGCUCUUUUCAGAAAAGCUUGUACACUGUUGCUUGUACACUGUUGUACACAGUCUUCUUGCUUAGGAACUUCUAAUAAGCCUGCACAGGUAGCCCCAAGCUACCACAUCAUCUGACUCCUUUGUAAAGAGUACAAGUUGCAGAGUUGCAGCUCACUGUUCAGGCUAUGUUUGGAAGGUUUAUUUUCCUGGCACCCUGUGUUCAUGUCAGUAGCAUUCUGCCUCUGCCUGACUGAAGCCAUCCUGAUCUUCUCCCCAGAGGGCACUCUCUUCUGCUCCUGCUCUCACAAGAUGAAAGUACUGCUGCACUGGACUGCACAGAUAGUGGCACUCAUGGCUGCAACACUGGGUUUGGCUUACAUUGUCUCAAGCAAGAACCAAAGUGAGCUCCCACACUUUGUCUCCUGGCACAGUGUUCUGGGUCUCCUUACGCUUCUGGCCAUGUGUGGGCAGAUCUUGUGUGGACUUUGCCUACAGUUUCCACAACUGCUGAGGACACCACCUGUAGCCCAGCUCCAUCUGUACCACACUAUAUAUGGACUGAUAGUUUACCUGUUGGUUACCUUCACUAUGGUACUGGGCAUUCACUCAGACUGGUUUCAGGCCCAGAUUAAAGGAGUGGCUUGGUAUUACUGCCUGGGGCUGCUCAUCUGUCCAGCACUGAUCAUCAUGAACCAGAUUUCGAGAUCUUAUUUGCAAAAGAGACUACAUGUUUGACUGUUGUGUUCCUCUACCCCUCGGGAAUAAAAAAAAAAUCUCAUUCUUACUGUGUGCAUGCAUGCACAUUACAAUGAAGUUUGGAUCUGCAGUUUC